GGAAGGAAGGUUACGUUUCGGCGGAAAAUGUGCGCACCCGCAAACGCGAGACGCGCCACCCCGGGUCCACCGCAGUGACGUCACGCGAUUCUAGCCAAGUACACCCUUUUUCUGCACGGCAGACGCUGCAUCCCGCUCUAGUGUGCUCCGAUUCAGAACCGUGAGAGCUGCAAACUAGCCACCAACAUGUCGUCUGUGAAGGUAGCCGUGAGGGUUCGACCCUUCAACAACCGCGAGAUCUCGCGAGACUGCAAAUGCAUCAUCGAGAUGGGAGGCAACACCACCUAUAUAGUUAAUCCUAAAGCACCGCCUGGCUCUAAAGAUGCAACUAAAAGCUUUAACUACGAUUACUCAUACUGGUCACAUAACCCAGCAGACCCUAACUUCUCAACGCAAAGGAUGGUUUACAAGGACAUAGGUGAAGAAAUGUUACAGCACGCAUUCGAAGGCUACAACGUUUGUAUAUUUGCUUAUGGCCAAACUGGAGCAGGAAAAUCGUACACCAUGAUGGGCAGGCAAGAAGAAGAAGGACAAGAAGGAAUAAUUCCGCAGAUCUGUAAAGACCUAUUUCGAAGAAUACACAACACGACAAGUUCAGAUUCUAAAUACACCGUUGAAGUAAGCUACAUGGAGAUAUAUUGUGAGAGAGUGCGAGAUCUGCUAAAUCCGAAGAACAAAGGUAACCUGAGAGUAAGGGAACACCCGCUGCUGGGACCUUAUGUGGAGGAUCUGUCCAAGCUUGCUGUCACGUCUUACCAGGACAUCCACGAUCUCAUAGAUGAAGGAAACAAGGCCAGGACAGUGGCAGCAACAAACAUGAAUGAGACGUCUAGCAGAUCUCAUGCAGUGUUCACAAUAUUUUUUACUCAGCAACAUGUUGAUAAGGGCACAGAGUUAACUACUGAGAAAGUAAGUAAAAUCUCAUUGGUUGACCUUGCUGGUUCUGAAAGAGCAGACUCUACUGGUGCCAAAGGAACAAGACUCAAGGAGGGAGCCAACAUCAACAAAAGUCUCACCACAUUAGGAAAAGUCAUUUCAGCUCUGGCUGAAGUGGCGGCAACUAAGAAAAAGAAGAAAGCAGAUUUCAUCCCCUACAGAGAUUCAGUGCUAACAUGGCUACUUAGAGAAAACCUUGGUGGGAAUUCCAAAACAGCCAUGGUUGCUGCAAUCAGUCCAGCUGAUAUUAAUUAUGAUGAAACAUUAUCCACACUAAGGUAUGCAGACCGUGCAAAACAGAUAGUAUGCAAGGCAGUUGUUAAUGAAGACGCGAAUGCUAAACUUAUUCGGGAGCUCAAAGAAGAAAUUGUACGUCUUAGAGAUUUGCUUAAGGCUGAAGGAAUUGAAGUGGAAGAAGGAGAGGAGGGAGUGACGGUAUCGAAAAUGGUGAAACGAGAUAGUGAAAAGCAGCUGCCUACCACUCCAUCAACACUUGCUGAAGAAGCUGUGGACCAGCUGCAGGCGAGCGAGAAGCUUAUUGCAGAGCUCAAUGAAACAUGGGAAGAAAAACUUAAGAGGACUGAGGUGAUUAGACUACAGAGGGAGGCUGUAUUUGCUGAGAUGGGUGUUGCUGUGAAAGCAGAUGGAAACACAGUGGGCGUCUUCUCUCCGAAAAAGACGCCACAUCUUGUGAAUCUUAAUGAGGAUCCUUCUAUGUCUGAGUGCCUAAUAUAUUACAUAAAAGAUGGAUGCACUCGGGUAGGCUCAGCGGAAGCCAGUAUUCCGCAAGAUAUCCAACUCAGUGGUUCACAUAUUCUUAAAGAACACUGUAUCUUUGAGAAUAAUGAUGGUGUCAUCACAAUGACACCAAAAGAAGGAGCCCUUUGCUACAUCAAUGGCCGUGAAGUCACAGAAACGACAGUUUUAAAAACAGGUUCCAGAGUCAUUCUUGGAAAGAACCAUGUAUUUCGUUUUAAUCAUCCAGAUCAAGCCCGUGAGAGAAGGGAGAAGACGAUAGUGGAAAAUCCUGCAUCAGAAAUUAUUGAGAAGGCAUCACCUGCAGAGACACCAGGGAAUGGUGAAAAUGUUGACUGGGACUUCGCUCAAGUGGAGUUAUUGGAAAAACAAGGAAUUGAUUUGAAAGCUGAAAUGGAGAAACGGCUGCUUGUCUUGGAAGAACAGUUCCGUAAAGAGAAAGAAGAAGCUGACCAGCUCUUUGAAGAGCAGAGAAAGAACUAUGAGGCCAGAAUUGAUGCACUACAGAAACAAGUUGAAGAACAGAGUAUGACUAUGUCAAUGUAUAGUUCUUAUACUCCAGAAGAUUUUAAUAAUGAAGAGGAUAUAUUUGUCAACCCCUUGUUUGACGCAGAGUGCAACUGGAGUGACCGACAGUACCAGCUGGCCGCGUGGGGCUUCCGCAAGUGGAAGUACCAUCAGUUCACCUCUCUACGUGACGACCUCUGGGGAAACGCCAUAUUCCUCAAGGAGGCUAACGCCAUCUCUGUCGAGCUGAAAAAGAAGGUGCAAUUUCAGUUCACACUUUUGACAGAUACUCUAUACUCUCCACUCCCUGCUGACCUGUUACCAGCUGUUGAUGAUGAUGAUGACGAUGAGCGUCCUUACCCACGAACCAUUGUUGCUGUUGAAGUACAGGAUACCAAGAAUGGUGCAACACAUUACUGGACACUCGAGAAACUGAGACAUCGCUUGGAACUCAUGCGUCAUAUUUACAAUGAAGAUAUUAGCCCGGAGACACCGGAUGUGAAGGAUGACUUUUUCCAAUGUCUCACUGUGUGUCCUAAUCAGAAGUUCUCACUUGCAAAUCUUUUGCCUUCGAGACAGCGUCUUGAACUUAUGAGGGAGAUGUAUCACAAUGAAGCAGAGCUGUCACCAACAUCCCCUGAUUACAAUAUUGAAUCCUUGACAGGUGGUGAUCCCUUUUAUGACAGAUUUCCAUGGUUCCGAAUGGUUGGCAGGGCAUUUGUUUAUCUCAGUAAUCUUGUCUACCCAGUGCCUUUGAUUCAUAAGGUUGCUAUUGUGAAUGAAAAAGGAGAUGUCAAAGGCUACCUCAAAGUUGCUGUGCAGCUUGUAACGGAAGAGGAGAACAGUGACUAUUCGUGGGGAGUCCGGCAGUCUGCUCGAAUAUCAUUUGAUGAUGAACUUUUUGGCAACCAGCGACAUUCAAAGCGCUCUUCUCUGCUAGCGCAGACACUGGACAAGAACUUGCAACAGCAACUGGAAGAGAGGAUAGUUGAAGGACAAGGGAACAUAUUGGAAUUCAGCAAGGAUGAAAAGAAUGCUGAUGAUAUAAUCAAAGAUGACUGUCAGGAAAAUGCAAAGGAUCUAUGCAAAGAUGACCUUGAUGGUGAUGCAGAUAGUGGUCGUGGUGAUAGCUCUGUAUCAUCAGAUAUUAAAGAGGAAGACCUCCCAGAACAUCUACAAAUAGGGAAGGAAUUUAAAUUUAGGGUCACAGUACUGCAAGCUGUCGACAUCUCUACGGAAUAUGCUGACAUUUUCUGUCAGUUCAACUUUCUGCAUCGACAUGAUGAAGCAUUUUCUACAGAGCCUGUUAAGAAUGUUGGAAAUGGAUGGCCCAUUGGAUUCUUUCAUGUCCAAAAUAUAACAGUUACAGUAACAAAAUCAUUUAUAGAAUACUUAAAGACACAGCCUAUUGUAUUUGAAGUUUUUGGCCACUAUCAGAAGCACCCACUUCAUAGAGAUGCAAAGCAGGACGGUGGACAGUUUGUUCGACAGCCACCAAAGCGUAUGCUUCCUCCAUCAAUACCAAUUAGCCAGCCUGUACGGUCGCCAAAAUUUGGAGUAUUACCAUCACCUUGUACUAGUCAUGUACAUGCCAAGUAUGAUGUUCUUGUUUGGUUUGAAAUUUGUGAAUUAGCACCUAAUGGUGAGUACGUGCCAGCAGUUGUGGAUCAUAGUGAUGAUCUCCCUUGCCGUGGUCUGUUCUUACUCCACCAAGGUAUCCAGCGCCGUAUUCGCAUUACUAUUGUACAUGAGCAUGCUGCUGAACUUCGAUGGAAGGAAGUUAGAGAACUAGUUGUUGGUCGGAUAAGAAAUACACCUGAACCGGAAGAGGAAGAUAAUGAUAACUCCGUGCUGUCUUUGGGCCUCUUCCCUGGAGAAUAUGUGGAAAUUCCUGGAGAUGACCGUUCCAUGUUCAGGUUUGAAGCAGCAUGGGACAGCUCUCUACACAAUUCUCCUCUGCUGAAUAGGGUGACCUCAUAUGGAGAACAGAUAUUUAUGACUAUUUCUGCUUAUCUUGAGCUGGAGAACUGUGGGCGUCCGGCAAUUAUCACCAAGGAUUUGAGCAUGAUCAUUUAUGGACGAGAUGCGCGAACUGGCCCACGUUCACUGAAACAUUUGUUUUCUGGGCAUUAUCGUAAUGCUGAGGCAAACCGUCUGUCUGGUGUCUACGAGUUAGUGCUGAAAAGAGCAUCAGAAGCAGGUAGUCCAGGAGUCCAAAGGCGACAACGCCGAGUGUUGGACACGAGCUCAACAUAUGUGCGUGGUGAAGAGAAUUUACACGGUUGGCGACCCCGUGGAGACAGUCUAAUUUUUGAUCAUCAGUGGGAACUUGAAAAGCUGACACGGUUGGAGGAAGUGGAGAGAGUUCGGCACAUGUUGCUCCUUAGAGAAAGGCUGGGGAUUGACAGGAAUCCAUCCACAACUUGCAGUCAUGACUUCACAAAGUCUGAAAAAGAAGUCUGUAACAUGGUGGCAAAAGCAACAAAUGAAGGCCGGGCAAGCCCUGUAAUCCUCCAGCCACCAUCUAAGGAUGUCUAUGAACCAUGGGAGAUGACUGAACAUGAAAGAGAACUGGCAACAAAAUGUAUUCGGCUCAUUCAGGGCAGGAUACCUACAAAAGAUUUACCAAUGGCAAAACAUGCAGAUCUUUCUCCAACUGAAGAGACUCCUGACAUGUCAUCGAGUGUUAUAUCCACCUCAUCAGCUGAACUGUGUUCACCGGAAAAAAUGAGAGCAGUGGCCCCUGAGCCAUUCUGCUGUAACUCGGCAUCUGGAGACGCGUCUACACUUGUGCCGGACCAAUCGCAACAGCAGCAGACACCAGGGCAGCAGGAAAGUGCAAUGUCAACAAGCUCUUCUCCUGGCCUUGUCCUGUAUGUUCCAGAAAUGGAAGAAAUCCGCAUCAGCCCAGUUGUUUCCCGGAAAGGCUACCUCAAUAUCUUGGAGCAUAAGACAAAUGGCUGGAAAAAAAGAUGGGUGGCUGUACGAAGGCCAUACGUGUUUAUUUUCCGAGAAGAAAAGGAUCCUGUAGAACGAGCACUUAUUAAUUUAGCUACAGCACAAGUGGAAUAUUCUGAAGACCAACUGGAAAUGGUUAAGGUGCCAAAUGCUUUCAGUGUUGUAACGAAACACAGAGGAUUUUUAUUACAGACUUUGGGAGACAAAGAGGUGCAUGACUGGCUGUAUGCCAUAAAUCCUCUGUUAGCAGGUCAAAUCAGGUCAAAACUGGCACGAAGACGGCCAAUUGUGCCACCCGUUAUUCCCACAAUACAGCCAGCAGUACAGGUGACAAAAUGAAGAAACUACAUUGGCAUUUCAUGAGCUGAAAGUCAGUUUAUGCACACUUCCUUUUGCAAAGCAGUUGCUUGCUUUGUUCUCUGACAGUUUCCUGUCUGAUGAAUUCCCUAGAUGAAUCACUGGAUACAAUUCUGUUAGAUUACACUACCCAGAAUUUCAUUAUUUGUCUGAGUUUUUUCAUGAAGAUAAUUCUUUUAUGUGAGGACAUUUCAAAAUCCUCUAAGUGGUUAUGGAUAGUAUAGAUCAUCUUUUUUUACAUAAACUAGCUGGUCCAGUAACAACACUGGCAAGCAAGUAAAUAUUAUAUUUUGUUUUGUCCUUAUUGUUAAAUUUCAGUUUGUAAAACAGGCUUAGACACACUUUUCAAUAUCAGAAGAUGUAUUUUUGCUACUAUAGUGCAGUUAGUGACCAUUUAAUUUUCUAGCAGUUUGUGAAGUGUGGCUCUGAGGAAUGACCAGGAAGUGUAUUUAGAUAAGCUGUCAUGAUUGUGAAAGAAACCCUCUUUGUUUCCUAUCACAGAGCAUACAGAUCCAUGAAUGUAUCAAAUAGUAGUGUGACUGGUUGGCCAAACUGGUGUUAAGAUAAUCAUAUGUAAUUAUAAUUUCCAUAAUUGGUCUCGAUGUUAAUAAAAUAAAAAUUGAACUGUUUUCUUUUGUGCCCUGUGUACAAAUAGACUGCAUAUAUUAAACAUUUAAAGACUGCCAGAUUCAUGUACAUUACAUUUUCUUGCAUGAAACACAUUAUAAAAAUUAUGAGUGUUGUAUAGUGGUAUGUAAUUAAGAUUAUUUUUAAUGGAAAAGCACGGCAUUCUCUUCCUUUCCUUAUAGGUCUUUUCUUGGAUGUUGAUGAGGUUGCUAUUAGUAACUACUUGUAAACUUCUGUUUCAAAUCCAAGAGUGACCAUAUGACAUUUAUUAUACAUAUGUACAAAUUAUAUAAAGAAAAAAUCAUACACUCUUUAUACUUCAUUUUAAUGCUUGUGCUUUGUAUCAGAUUUGUCUUGGUGAGCAAAUGUACGCAGCGUUUCCAUAUAGACCCAUAGGUGUCUUGUAAAAAACUAAAAAAUAUAUGUUAUUUAUCCAACCAAAUGGCUAACCUUACUUCCAUUGAGCUACAGUGUUAAUAAAAGCUUUAUUUCCAAGUAUUGUUACUUUUGGUACAGAACAUUAGUUUUAGAUUUUUUUUCAAUGUGUGUGUGUGUGUGUGUGUGAGAGAGAGAGAGAGAGAGAGAGAGAGAGAGAGAAAGAGAGAGAGAGAGAGAGAGAGACCCAUUUAACAUUCAGAAUAAUUGUGAAACACAAGUGCAGUUUGGGGUUGUGAAUUGACUGAAGUAUUACAUUGUUACUAAAAUGGAACAGAAUUGUAAAUAUGUAAAACCAUUUUUAAGUUCUUUUAGUCUCUCUAUAUUGUUCAAUGUAUAAUCUGUAUGUGAGAAGAUAUGGCUGUACAAGAUAGGUUAGAGACUUUUCUCCAUAUUAUGUGAUUCUUCAAUGUUUAUGUUGUUUGAAAAUAGUUACCAUUAUUUAUUGUUAAGGGAGGCUGUUCUUAAGAGUUUUCUGGGUUCACUGUUAUGGUUUGAGAAAAACAGUGAACUGCGAAGAAAAACUUAAGAAAUGAUAGUAGUAUGUUAGUGUUGUAAAAUUCACAAGUGUAUAUGAGUCUUUGUAUAUAAUAGUUAUAUAAACAUACUGCUCACUUCAGUGUACAUUCAGAAAAGUUGUUGCUAGUAAUGAAGGAAUCUUAAAACCAGAAAAAGUGAGAUGAAUUCAUGGCACUUCUACAGAACAUCUUUUUGUGUAGGUUUGUCUUACAUGUAUGUGUCAUCACCAAUGAUUGCUUCAGAUUCGUAUUUGAACAUGAAGUUAACUCCAAGACUAGGCAUUCACUUUUUCUGUGGUAGUUGAAGCUCUGUUUAACUUUUGUGUGUUGUGAAAAUACAGAUAAAUGGAAUCUCAAUUUGCAUAAAAUGAGAAA